GAUGCCGAGUUUAGAGGAGUGCAGGAGCAGGCUAUCGAGGCGGUUAUUAAAGGCCGCAGCCCCGUGUUAGUAGUAAUAGGCACAGGCGGCGGCAAGAGUAUAGUUUUUAUAGUUCCGGCUAUGUGUACCGCCAGUACUAGCGAGCUAGGCACGACAGUUAUCGUAGUUCUAUUGAUAUCGUUGCGAGAGAAUAUAGCGGAAAGGUGUCGCAGAGUAGGUAUUUCCGCGGUAGAAUAG